CUUGAGGCAGAGGGGGCUUAAUAUCCCACAGACUCAUGCUCAGGUCUCCACACUUCCCUGCUACAGUGGGUGCAGCGGCUGACCACCCUUUUCUAGUCCUCAGGGAGCGUUUCACUGGAACAGCGUCACCAUGCCUAAAGUCAUAGUGCCCGGUCAAGAGAAGACCGAUGACAAGAUGCGAGCCUUCGCGGAGCAGGUCUUUGCGUCUGAGACCAAAGAUGAGAACAUCCGUGAUGAGAUCUCCAUGUUUGAUGUGGCUGAGGACUGCCCCAUCCUUAACAGUGAGCUGGCCCAGCAUCUGCAGGAAGAGGACGACGCCAUGAAACGCAAGAGGCACCAGCGCUGCCGCACCAUGGCUGUGCCUGUGGCCGCCGCCAAGACGUCCGCAGCCCCUGUAGUGUCAGUGGAGGUGGACACGCCCACUUACCUGGAGGUGCCUGACUUCCAGAGAGUGGCCAUCAUUGGAGACUACGCUGCUGGGGUGACCAUGGAUGACUUUGAGUUGUCCUGUAAGGGUCUGUACCGUGCUUUGACCAUCAGAGAAAAGUACAUGAGGCUUGCCUUCCAGCGCUUCCCACGCACCGCCUCCCAGUUCAUGCGUGAGAUUGAGGGAGAGACCUUCAAAGAUGAAGAUCAGGUGCAGCCAGUCUUCACAAGUCCUCCAACCAACGGGGAAGACCCCUUUGAUACCAGCUCCCUGCCAAAGAACCUGGGAUAUGUGGCUCGUAUGAAGGAUGGUCUCAUCUAUGUGUACAACGACGCUGCAGCUGCUGACAAACAUCAGCCCAAAGAUCUGCCCUGCCCCGACUACAACACUUUCAUCGAUGACAUGAACUUCCUCAUUGCUCUCAUUGCACAGGGUCCAACAAAGACUUACACUCACCGCCGUCUGAAGUUCCUCAUGUCAAAGUUCAACGUGCACGAGAUGCUGAAUGAGAUGGAGGAGAUGAAGGAGCUAAAGAUGAACCCUCACAGGGACUUCUACAACUGCAGGAAGGUGGACACGCACAUCCACGCUGCUGCCUGCAUGAACCAGAAGCACCUGCUGCGUUUUAUCAAGAAGUCUUACCGUGUGGACGCCGACCGCGUCGUGCACAACCUGCAGGGAAGAGAGGUCACCAUGAAGGAGCUGUUCCAGACCCUUAACCUGCACCCCUAUGACCUCACUGUGGACUCCCUGGAUGUGCACGCUGGCAGACAAACCUUCCAGCGUUUUGAUAAGUUCAACGCCAAGUACAACCCUGUGGGAGCCAGCGAGCUGCGUGAUCUCUACCUGAAGACCGAGAACCACAUCAGUGGAGAGUACUUUGCCACCAUCAUCAAGGAAGUAGCCAGCGACCUGGAGGAUGCUAAAUACCAGUAUGCUGAGCCUCGUCUGUCUAUCUAUGGCUGCAACCCCAACGAGUGGAACAAACUGUCCAGCUGGUUCGUCAAACACAGAGUCUUCUCUCCAAACCUGAAAUGGAUGAUCCAAGUGCCCAGGAUCUAUGACAUCUUCAGAGGAAGGAACUUUGUGCCUCACUUCGGUAAGAUGUUGGAGAACAUUUUCCUGCCGGUGUUCCAGGCCACCAUCGACCCAAUGUCCAACCCAGAGCUUAGCAUCUUCCUCAAGCAUGUGACAGGUUUCGACAGUGUGGACGAUGAGUCCAAGCACAGCGGUCACAUGUUCUCCACCAAGAGCCCCAAACCCGAGGAGUGGGACAUUGCCAAGAACCCCUCCUACACCUACUACAUCUACUACAUGUAUGCCAACAUUGCUGUGCUCAACCAGCUCCGCAGGCAGAGGGGGAUGAACACAUUCACAUUCAGGCCUCACUGUGGUGAAGCUGGUGCCAUCACCCAUCUGCUGGCGUCCUUCAUGACUGCUGACAACAUCUCUCACGGACUCAACCUCAAGAAGAGUCCAGUGCUGCAGUACCUGUACUUCCUGGCUCAGAUCCCCAUUGCCAUGUCCCCUCUCAGCAACAACAGCCUGUUCCUGGAAUACGCCAAGAACCCCCUGCUGGAGUUUCACAAGAAGGGCCUGGUGGUGUCUCUGUCCACUGACGACCCCAUGCAGUUCCACUACACUAAGGAGCCCCUGAUGGAGGAGUACGCCAUUGCAGCCCAGGUGUUCAAGCUCAGUACCUGUGACAUGUGUGAGAUUUCCAGGAACAGUGUGCUGCAGAGCGCUUUGUCUCAUGAGGAGAAAGCUCACUUCCUGGGUCAGGACUACCUGAAGGAGGGUCCUGAGGGCAAUGACAUCCGCAAGACCAAUGUGGCUCAGAUCCGUAUGGCGUACCGCUUUGAGACCCUCUGCUAUGAGCUGAACCUCAUCAAGGAGGGCUUGAAGGGGGAGUAAAACUCUCAGAAACUGCAGCUCUAAACUAAUCUCUGUUAUGAUUCAGAAAAGCUUGCACAUAUUUUUCAUAGAAACUCUUAAAAAUCUUAAAGAAUCUGGACAAGAAUCUUAAGAAAGCAACCUUCUAAUGCACUGAUGUCUUUUUUGGAGGAUGAAACUCGCAAUGUCUUCACUGUACAUUAACUUCAAUUUGUGUAAAAUAAAUGGGGAAACAUCAUGUAAAAGAAUGAAAGAAAUAAAAUGUGAAAUAACAA